GCGCGGGAGAGCGAGCGAGGGAAAGAAAGGAGGAGAAAAGAUGGCGGAAAACAAAGGUGGAAAUAAUAUAGAGGCGAAUGGUGUUAGUGAGAAGAGCGGCCUGCUCGACAAGGAUGAGGACAGCCGGGAGAAAUCGGAGCCGGAGGUUAAUGCGGCGUCGGGAUUGGCGACGACGUCGACAACGACAACCCCAGGAUCAAUAACAACAACAGCGGCGGUACCGCUAUCAUCGGCCACGGCGGCUGAGGGACCGGGUCAGAGCCCAGGCCUGAGUCCGGGAGCAGGUCCCGGACCAAGCCCAGGGCCGAGUCCGGGACCAGGCCCGAGUCCAGCGUCAGGAACCAGUCCGGGUGGGGGCCCAGACAAAGCGGUAGCCGUCCCGGUCGCGCCCCAGGCUGCGGCCCCCGCUGAGGUGAAUCUGAACCUCUUGGAUGAGUGCGCCGUGUGCCGUGAAACGCUCCAAGGGAAGGAGCCCAAGCUACUGCCCUGCCUCCACUCCUUCUGCAAGCGCUGUCUGCCGGAACCGGAGCGUCAGCUGAGCAUCCCUAUCCCCGCCGCGGGCAAUAACGCCGCAGGAAAUAACGGAGACUCGCCGACCAUCCAACAGGUUGGUGUGAUUCGGUGCCCGGUAUGUCGCCAGGAAUGCAGACAGAUAGACUUGGUCGAUAACUACUUUGUGAAGGAUUCAUCAGAAGGAACAAACAAUUCUGACGAGAAGUCAUGUCAGGUGUGCACAAGCUGUGAAGAUAAUGCAGAAGCUAGCGGAUUUUGCGUGGAAUGUCUUGAAUGGCUCUGUAAGACAUGCGUUGAAGCCCACCAGAGAGUGAAAUUCACAAAGGAUCAUACAAUAAGAAGGAAGGAAGAUGUUUCACCAGAGGCUGUAGGAGCACCCAGUCAGCGACCUGUGUUUUGUCCUAUACAUAAACAAGAACAGUUGAAACUGUUUUGUGAAACAUGUGAUAAACUGACAUGUCGGGAUUGCCAGUUAUUGGAACACAAAGAACACAGAUAUCAGUUUUUAGAAGAAGCAUUUCAAAACCAAAAAGUUAUUAUUGAGACUUUAAUGGCCAAGCUUCAAGAAAAGAAGAAUUACGUGCAGUAUGCAGCCAGUCAAGUGCAGAAUAGGUUAAAUGAAGUAACCGAUACGAACAAAAAGGUUGAGCAUGAUAUUAAAGUUGCCAUCUUCACGCUCAUCAAUGAAAUCAACAAAAAGGGCAAGAACCUAUUGCAGCAGCUGGAGAAUGUGACAAAGGAAAGGCAGAUAAAAUUACUACAACAGCAGCAGGAUGUUACCAGUCUUGCCAGGCAGGUGGAGCACGUGAUGAACUUUGCAAAAUGGGCCAUUUCCAGUGGAAGCAGCACAGCACUACUUUACAGCAAGCGAUUGAUUACCUUUCAGUUGCGACACAUUCUCCGGGCACGUUGUGACCCAGUUCCGGCUGCAAAUGGUGGAAUGCGCUUUCACUGUGAUCCUACUUUCUGGGCAAAAAAUGUGGUAAAUUUAGGCAACCUUGUGAUUGAAAACAAGCCGAACCCUCCAGGUUACACUCCCAAUGUAGUCAUUGGGCAUGGUUCCCAAAGCCAGGGGCCAGCUGGGGGAAAACCUCAGGGUCAAAUUAAUCUUGCACAGUUGCGUCUGCAGCACAUGCAGCAGCAGUUUGCACAGAAGCAACAGCAGAUGCAACAAAUGAGGAUGAGCCACCCAGUAGGACAGCACCCAAGGACAACAGGGCCACAGAUGGUCCAGCAGCAGCCACCACGUUUGAUUAGCAUGCAAGCCAUGCCCAGAGGAAAUUUGAAUGGUGCUGCACUUCAGGCUCACCAGGCACAUCAAGCCCACCAGAUGAGACUGGCACAAAAUGCUGCCCGAAUGGCUGGAAUGUCUCGACAUAAUGGACAUCAGUACCCAAUGAUGCCUCAAAUGCCACGGCAGCAUACAAACCCUGGACACACAGGACCAUUUUCUGCAGCCUCCGUGCACAACAGCAUUCCAAAUCCAACCAGCCCUACCACUGCGAGCUUGGCUGGUGCAAACAGAGGGCCCACCAGUCCCACAGUUGCUGCAAUAGAGUUGAUUCCUUCAGUGACUAAUCCAGAGAACCUCCCUCCACUUCCAGAUAUUCCACCCAUUCAGCUGGAUGAUGCUGGAUCGAGUACAUUAGAUAACUUGUUGAGCAGAUUUAUCUCAGACAGUCACCACCAUCCACCAUCACUACCACCGCCAGCCUCUUCAGGUUCAAACCCAUCCCCUGGACCCUCAGCACCAUCCCCUGGACCUGCAAUUGCAGCCUUAGCAAUGGCUAACUCCCACACUCCAGUCAGACCCUCGAGUACUUCUAGCACUGGCAGCAGAGGCAGCUGUAGCUCCUCUGGUAAAGCUCAAGGUACAGAGAGGGGGAUCUCAGUCUUUCGACCAGACCAAGUCAGAGUGAAACAAGAACCUGGCACAGAGGAUGAAGUGUGCAGUUUUACUGGUGCUUCUGUAAAACAUGAACAUUUAGAAGAUGGUCGGAGAAGCGCUUGUAUGAUGAGCAGUCCUGAAAGCAGCUUGACACCACCUCUUUCCAACAACUUGCACUCCGAGAGUGAGACUGAUAUUGAGGGGCUUCGGCAAGUCGAAAACCACGUGAAGCUGGAGAUUUUUGACAAGACUGGAAGUUGCAGGCAACUGAACAAUACCGUAAAUGGAAAAUCACCAAUCCGUAACUUUGCGCAUCGCUCACCACGAGCUGGAGGGGACAACAGCAAUAAUAAGGACGAAGACCCUAAUGAGGAUUGGUGUGCUGUAUGUCAGAAUGGUGGAGAUCUACUGUGUUGUGACAAGUGUCCAAAGGUUUUCCAUCUUGCAUGUCAUGUACCUACACUUCUCAACUUUCCUAGUGGGGAAUGGAUCUGUACAUUUUGUCGGGACCUAUCGAAACCAGAAGUGGAAUACGAUUGCGACAAUCUGCAUCACAUAAAGAAGGGAAAAACUGGACCAGGCCUGGCUCCAGUUGACCAAAGGAAGUGUGAGCGUCUCCUGUUAUAUCUUUAUUGUCAUGAAAUGAGCAUCGCAUUCCAAGAACCUGUUCCUUCCUCUGUUCCUGAUUACUACAGAAUAAUUAAGAAUCCAAUGGAUUUAUCCAGAGUGAAAAUGAAAUUGCAGAAAAAGCACUCUCAACAUUACCAAACACCAGAGAACUUUGUGGCUGACAUUAGGCUCAUUUUCAAGAACUGUGAAAAAUUCAAUGAAGUUACCCUAUUACCUGGGGUUCAAAAUGGUCCUCAAGCCCUCAUGAGGACCAAAGAAAGGGAAAUGAGAACCAAGACAGAUUCGGAGGUAGCCCAGGCUGGAAAGGCUUUAGAAAGCUAUUUUGAAACAAAGCUACAGAUGGUUUAUUCAGACAGAACCUUUACACCUCUGGUAGAAUCAGAUUCCGACCAUGAAGAUGAAGCUCAUAUCAGUGAGGAUUCAGACGAUGACUUCGUUCAACCUCGGCGAAAACGGCUAAAGUCUGAUGACAGACCAGUGCACAUUAAAUGAUUUUCCCCGCCUUUCAGGGGAAGAUGAACUACUUAGACUUCUCUCUUUUUUUUCUGCUCACAGGAUGUGAUCAAUAUUCCUGUGGCUAUCUGCUGGUUGGUUGUGAAAGCUGAUACCCACCACACAGUAUUUAUUAGAGUUUUAAAAUGUUUUUGUACAAAUAAACAAAACUUUGUUGCAUUUGUUCAUUAUCUAAAUACUGAGAGUCUUUCCAGAUUCUGUUCCUUUUUUUAAAAAAACCUUGCUGAUGUAAUUAUUUGAUUCUUCAUGUGCUAAAUGUUGUAGGUGGCAUAUAUUUUAUUGGCAUGCACAAGAAACUGUUUAAUGACUACACAAAUAUUUAAUUUACAUAUUCAGAAAUGGAAAUUUUCUCUAAGAUGGUUAUGUUUCACGCAAUUAUCAGGUUAGAUAAACACAGUAGCUCUUGCCUUCCAGGUGCCUGUUCUCAGUUACCUUUUUUCAGCUACCAAGUGUUCAAUUCAAAUCAGAUGCAAAAUCUGCAAAUGCUAUCUAUUGAAUGUCAUGGGGGAUUUAUUGAUUCUGGUGAAGUACAUAUGUGCACUACAAUAAUAGCUGCCAUUACCAUGCCACUAUAGCAUCUCUUCACAUUACAAAAGUACAAGAUUUGUUUAAUUUAACAAGACAGGUGUAAAUAGAGGCUUAUUUCGCAAGUUGUAUUAGUACAUUUUUGUUUAACUUUGUAGUUAGAAAACUGCAAGGCUGCCACUUAAUGCCAUAACCGGUAGAAUGGCCUGAAUGCUCAAACAUUGUGUUGCCACUGACGCACUGCACUAUUAACUCGAAAUUUCAAGUAAUUUGUUUGCUGCAGAUAUGUUUUCAUACCUUUUAAAGUUAUGGGGAUUUUGAGGAAAUGGACCCACAGAAGUAAUCUCUUUUCCUGGCUUGUAAAUCUGGUUCUAUCUAUGCUAUGGAUUUACUAUCAAAUACUUAAUGUGGGUCACAAGUACAAAAUUUGGCACAAUCUAAAUUAAAAAAGAGAAUUGUGUGUUGCUUCAGAAGCUGAUCUUGUCAUUUCUAAACAUGUGAAGAGUUCCAGCAUUUGACCAUCAAACAAACAUCUUAAAGCUUGAUUGUUGAUAAUAGAAAUGAUAUCAUUUGAUUCAGUGGCUAUUUUUGCUUUUGCCCUCUAUCCUUUAGAAUCUUGGUUUGGUGUCAGUAGCGACUGCUGCCACUCCUCUCUUUGAUAGCUGAGGCACUGGCAUCUGACAUGAACAAAGUUUGGUCAGCCUCAGUCCAGUUCUUAAUGGGUACAGGCUUGCAAAACAAAAUUCUUCAUACUAACUUUAUGCAGUGCACGCUAUAGAGCAUAGUUGGUGCCAGAAAUAAGGUACAUAAUGUUAAUAGCCCAUCAAGCUGUGACCUUUUAAAAACUUAACUCAGUCCCUUUUUUCACUAAACAAUUUAACAGGAUGCAAUUGGAUAUAAUUAUAGUUUUCAAAGUUUGAGAGAAGAUUUGUAGCUCGGGUGCUCGUUGUUGUGGUUCUGUUUGCCGAGCUGGGAAUUUGUGUUGCAGACGUUUCGUCCCCUGUCUAG